CGGGACCUAUAUGUGUUACACUAAACACGUACGUUACAAAUCAUCGCCACAAUGGCGGAUAAACCUGUUUUGGUUCAGGGUUCCUCUUUCAUGGAUCCAUUCAAAGGACUUUUGUUGACAUAUUUUAUGCCAGAAUCAUGCUAUGACGAGUUCUUCCUCAAUUUCAACUUUUUGGACGUGCCAUGUCUGAAGGUUGUGCUGAGCAAAGCCCUGGGGAUCGGCAUCAUCCUGGGAUCAGUGAUGGUGAAGCUUCCUCAAAUCUUAAAGCUGAUGGGAGCAAAGAGCGCUGAGGGGCUGAGCUUCAAGUCUGUGCUGCUGGAACUUCUGGCCAUCACGGGAACGAUGGCCUACAGUAUUGCCAACAAGUUUCCCUUCAGUGCCUGGGGCGAGGCUCUGUUCCUCAUGUUGCAGACAGUCACCAUUGGUUUCCUCAUUCAACACUACGGAGGAAGAACCAGCAAAGGUCUCCUGUUUCUGGCUGUCUAUUUUACCCUGCUGGUCAUCCUACUCUCUCCAUUCACUUCCAUGUCUGUGGUGACCUGUAUGCAGGCCUCUAACAUGCCAGCCAUCAUCAUUGGCAGGCUGAUCCAGGCAGCCACUAACUACCAAAACGGGCACACCGGCCAGCUCUCUGCCAUCUCUGUUUUCCUGUUGUUUGCUGGAUCUCUUGCACGAAUCUUCACCUCGCUACAGGUCCCUCUCUAUCUCCCCACACAUCCACCAACCACUGGAACACAUCUCCAAAGUUCUGCUGAAGCUCAGCUUCCCCUCAGAAGAAGUGCCGCCAGAUGAAGGAGCCUUUUCAGAGGCAGCUGGCAUCAUGAUUGGACUGUACUUUGGUCUGUUCCAAUCCAGCUUCAGCUCCAGAGAUGGCAGGUGGGACGAGUCAACGGAGGCCGGGUGGACGAAGGCAUGCAGCUGAGUACAAUCCAGAAAACACCAGAGGAGGAGUGCAGCAGCCCAGGGCCAGAACAGAGUAGCAUAGUAUGUCUCUGAGAAAACAUCAUAGUAUAGCAUUUGGUAUGAAAAAAUGCCAUCAUAUACAUCCUAUACUGCACAAAUAACAAGUCAAAGUAAAGAGACAUACAUUGUAGAAUUGUAGUAAUUGUGGGCUGACUGAUUUACUGAUAAUCAGUAUUUUAGUUUUUACUGAUUUACGGUACAUUGGCUCCACUACUUUGCCUCUGAACCUUUAUCUAGCUGUGGUCGCUCUGUCUUCUGGAGUGAUUUGAUUGAUUAUACGUCACCAAUAAAACUCCUCUAUCUUAACAUCUGUAAACAAAACAAAAACGUAUCAACAAAGUUUUCGGUUAGAGUUUGUGUUCUUCUAAGUUUAACUCCAAGAUUUUAAAUACUUUCAUUUACUGCAAAUGAGUAUCUCUUCCAAAUGUCUCACUAAUAAUAAUUAUCAGCCUUAAAAACCCACAAAACACCCCUCUAUACUCGACCACACUUAGUACAGUCCGGUUCCCCCUUCUAUAAAUCUGCUUGGAAUCCUCCACUUCCUGUUUGUCAAAGUGGCCUUCUACCUGGACAGGUUUUGUUGGAGCUCAUGCAACAAACAUUUUGGGUAACUGCACUUUAAUAUGGAUAGAUGACACUGAAUUAGAGUCUGUUUUAAUGAGACUGAGUUCAGAUGUGUAGCUCUGUCAUUAAAUAGGAAAUUAUUUCUCAGAAUUCACAGAGAAAAGUCUGAAAUGUUUGCUAGGUUAGCGUCCCACAUGUUCUGUGGCUCAGCUAAAGCUAACUCUCUCCAACGUCUGGUUCUCUUGAGUUGCUUGUUGUUAAAAUAUUUUGCUAGAGGUGCUGAAGCUCAGAAAGUCUGAGAUGUUUGUUGAAAAUAAGCUCAUUCUCAAGUCUUAUCUGAACUGUCCUCUUUUGUUUGAACUUUCCCUAAACUUAGGAGUUAAUGACAGAGCAGCAUAUCCAGACUCAGUCUCAUUUAUGUAGAGAUUAAACUUCAGUGUCAUUCAUUGAUGUUAAAGUGCAGUUUUUCAGAUAUUUGUUACACAUGCUCCCAACCAAACCAGUCCAGGUGGAAGACGAUGUGAAGAGAAGCUCCAGAGGCUGAAUAUCACACAUUUACGUUGGAAAUAAAUGUCCUUUAAUUAGACAUUGUCAUGAAAAAGUUGGAUUUCCCUUUAAUGAUGUUCAAAUCUUUGUUGAGUGUUUUGUUGAUGUUGGUUUCUAAAUGUUUUCUGACACUCGGCCCCAAAGAUUAAAACCUUUUACGGCUCACAAGCUACAACAAUUCACACAUUAUUAACUAUCUUUCUGACUAAACUAAGAUAAAAAGUGAAACCCUGCCUGAUUCCUGCAUCAUGAAUGUAAAUCUUUUUGUUUUUUAUGACAGUAAACUGAAUAUAUUUGGGUUUGACCUUUGAUAAACCAAAACAAGAAAUGAAUUACUGGAGAAAACAACAGAUUAAUGGACAAAGAAAAUGUGUUUUCCAACAUAUAUGGCUGAAUUCCUCUAACAUUACAAGAUACAUAGAAUUUAAAUUCAGUUUUAUUUAUAUAACGUCAAUUACAGGUGAAAUUGUCUCAAGACGCUUUAUUUUUAUAUUUUUUUGUCAUAUUUAAAAUAUGACAAAGUAAGAAAUUUAAACCUCUUGACUAAUCCAAUUUAUUAUUUGGUUUUAAACAGAUUAAUCAACAAUUAAAAUAACUUUCUCCACUAAAACUAAUAAACAUGAGGUCAAAUAGAAGGAACAGUUUUAAAUCCUGCAGUCCCAUGAUGACAGGAAUAAAGUUUCUCAACAAAAACUAAAUCUGCUGGUGGAUUCCAUUAAAGUCCUAAUAAAUGAUAAAGUGUGAUACUAAAGGUUUGUGGUGCUAAAAAUCUCAAAGUAAAGAUAUCAAGUUGAACAUCUGGAUGGAGGCUGAUAAAAGUUGACCUCCCUUCAUUUCCAUGGAUUUUAGGGAUGCUGGUUAAAGACCUGCUCUUCUACUCGUCUUCCUUCUAGUCGCUGUAAAAAGUCACUCCAUCCUCACCGACUUCAACACCUCUUCAUGACUUGUUCUGCCUCUGACCUGGUGGAAACUCCAGAAAGUUGGGAAAACCCGUCAAGACUCAGAUUUUCGAAAAACUCGUUGGGUGGGGGAAGGUGUGGUGGGCGGUGGGGGAGUAGAGGGGGGAAGCUGCCACCCACCUCCCCUCCUACUCUCCGCCCUGACUCCACCCAGACUCCGCCUUGGCUCCACCCAUGUGGUCACUUUAUUAGGAACAGAAACUAUGAUGUCAAAGGGACGACGAAAUUAUUUUUAUUUAUCUGAUCUGUAGCUCAGUGAGUUAAGGGUUUGCCUAUGGAGCUGCAGGUUGCUGGUUCAAGACUAGACCCUUCUUAAAUUUUGUGAAAAACUUAGACAAAGACAGAGAAAGAAAAACACCAGUGGUAGGUCUUGAACCUACUACCUUCCACUUGGUAGUCUCUCUUCUUAUCCCUCUGAGCUACUUGCUCAGAUACUAAUUCUUCUUUUUUUUGCGCAUUUAUCAUCGAUUUUUUUUUCCGUUUCCAAGUUUUUUUAACUCGAGUCUCGACUCGACCGUUUUUCUCUGGAGGUUGGACUUCAGCCUUUGUGCUGGAGGGUUGAACCCUCAGUUCCAAGACAUUCCAAAGCCUCCAGACCUCCCGAGUCCUCAGGACCUGAGCUUUCACACAGUCUGAAUGCUGAAAUUUUUUAAGUCCCACAGUAGAUCUGUGUUAGAUUUACCUUUCAGACAGUCCAAGGACUGAUAUCUUCUAAAUUCUUGAGUAGUUCACUGUUAGUUUGAACCUUCAGACAGUCUGAGGACUGAAAUCUUUAAAAUUUCUCAGCACGUCUCUGUUAGUUUAAACUUUGUGGUUAACAGAAGCCUUAAAACUUGUGACCAUGAGUCUUGAUUUCACAUUUAGAUCAUCCAUCUGAGUUCUUCUCAGACCUUCACCUGUGGGUUCUUUAGAAAUCCUGAACAAACUUUGAUUCUCUUCACUGAACAGUAAAGUUUGUGGAGAUCAGAAGGUAACAUUAGUUUGAUCGAUGCCUUCAACUACUAGUAGACUUUAUCUGGAAAGCAGUUUUCUGAAAUGAGUUCUUAGUAAAUCUAUCUACAGUCAAACCAAGAACACAGAAAGAGGAAAUGUUUGAAGAAACAACUUAAUGUUUUCAUUUCAGACUAGAGAACACUUUAAGACCUUGAUCUGUUUUUGCUCUUGAUGAUCGUUUUAUUGUCUCUUCUGUUUAAUUUGAUCUUCUAAAGUCUAACUGGUGUCUUUUCAAAUGUUUAGUCUUUAGUUUGAUUCUUCUUAAAUGUUUAGUUUUGUUCUUUUCUCACCUUUUAUUCUUUUCUGUCUGAUUUGCUUUUGAAAUGUUUUGUCUUUUUAAUUUUUUAUUGUUGUUUUGUCAAAUGUUUUAUCGGUUUGUUUGAAAAAUUUGUUUUUCUUUCCCAAUGUUUUAUUUUUAGAUUAAAUCUUGAAGGUUUUUCUUUUUAAUGUUUUACCACCUUUGAAUGUUUAAUUUUCUUUUUAAAUACUUCAUUGUAUUUUCUGUUUAAUUCCAAUUUAAAGUUUUGUUGUCUUUAAGAUUUAAUUUUCUAAUUGAACAUUUAAUUGAAUUAAAUGUCUUUUAAAGGUUUAAUCUAAUUAAAUGUUUUGUAGUUUUUAAAAUGUUGACUAUUCUUGUUCAAUUUUAUUUAAGUGUUUGUCUUAAAUAUUUCAUUUUAAUGUUUAAUAUUUUAUUUUAAAAUGUUUAAUUUCAUAAUUACAUGUUUUGUAUCUUCUGAUAAUUAUGCAAUUAAAUAUUUUGUCUGUUUAAUAUAACUUAAUUAUAUUUGUUUAAUUUUCUUUUUGAAAGUAUAACUGUAUUAAAUGUAUUUUCCCUUUGAUUUAAUUGCUUUUUUAUUGAAUCUUUUUUUCUGUCAAGCUUUUCACCCCAACCUUAAAAAUGAAACAAACCUUUAAAUCACGAUAAAAAUACUUCUGUUGUCACAAUCAUGAGUUAGUCAGUUAUUCAGUUUAUCAAUUCAACUUUAUUUGUUUAGCACCUUCCACACAGUUGACAAAACUACACAAGCAAAGAGAAAAAAAACUGAUUAAAACUCAAAAACAUUUUUAAAAAAUUAACAUGGUAAUAAAAUAUGUUGUGUUCAGGGGAUGGAGAGAGUUUAUUGAAGUCUUCUUGGGCUCACACAGUAAAUCAUUUAAAAUACAAACUUUAUAUUCAGUCUCAGGAAACUGCAGAGCAACAGAAGAACCAACAAUAUCUCCUGUUUUCUCCUUUAAUGAAUCAACUCUUCUUGUGCUUUCAGACCAAAGAACUACAGACUCUUCACAACCUGCUCAAACUCUUGGUACAAGACCUCACCACACGGGUCAAGAAGGUUUCUUUCUCAUUUCUAUUCUGAAGCUCACCUUCUCCUGCUCAAACUGCUGACAAAUGUUUCUGCUGCUCUAAAGUCUGGUCUCCAGAACUUCCUAAAAACUCUCAAAGUCUCUUCUGCUGCAGGUUGCUUUGUAGAACUGUAACAGAAAACCUCACUAAACCACAUGGAGGGGCCUCAAGAUAGUCGUCCAGAUGAAACCGUACAAAAACCAAACUAGCACAACCCAAAGGCUAAAGUCUCCUGCAGCCUACCAGAGAAGCUCUUUAAACAGAGAAUCAAGACAGGAACUCUUACCUUCUGGACAACCAACGUUGGUUCACAAACAAGAACAGAAUGUGUCUGACCAGAAACCUCUAAAGACUCACUACAGCCAAGAUAAAGACAACUCAGCUGCACCAAACCCACUAAUCACUGCACACAUUAGAACCAUGUGCUAACUGUGGCUAAAGAACCACAUUUACCAAGACAACUAUCUAGUACAAAGCCCUGAAACACAUUAAAGAGGAUUUUACUGCUGGAAGCUGCAAGCCAACACCUGAACAACAAACUAAAGCAACGGAGUCAAACCCAGUUCAGUGAAGAGAAGCAGAGGAAAUGUUUGACUGCAGACAUAAAGCAGGAAGACAGUGAGCUGCUCAGGUGUUCCUGAUAACACCAAGCAGCCACCUGGACAGCCAAUAGGAACACAGCUUACUGGAAGUCCAGAGGGCUGGCUUAGUGAAGUAAAUUUAGUUUAAAGUUGAAAACCACCUUCUGAUGCCUGAAAUCUCUGAGUUUUCACACAAAGAACGCCUGAACAUGUCAAACUGGUUCCAUAGUAGAACCUUCACUGUAAAAACGUCAUAUUAUGGUGUGCUGCUCAAAAAAUAUUACAAACGGCUGUUUAGGGUCGCCGAGGAGCAACACAAAAACAGGACAAACGCUGGUUUUCAGGGGGUUAGGAGGCUAUUUAUUUGAAGGAGUAAGUUUACAACAACACAACAUGUGAGCAGAAAAAUCACAAAGUCUGUCUUUAGUUCAGCUGGAAAUAUUAUUUUUUGUCUUUUUUAUUGACCAAACUUUUCAGGAAGUAGAUGAAGAAUAAUUAAAGCUCUCAUGUAGAAGUCCAACUUAUUUUGGAUCCUUGUGGAGAGUUUAAUCUUAGAGUUUGUAAAGCUGCUGAGUUUUUAGAGUCACAUGGAUUGUUUUGACAUUUAAUAACCGAGUCCUGAAAAAAAAUUACAGUUGUGGAUUUCUGUCAUUUAGUCUGGACUAAACAAAUAACAGCAGCAUGAAUCUCAAAUGUCUUUAUGAGGAGUCUGGAUUGAGGUUUCUCACUUGAUAAUGAUCAAAACAUGACAUUUACGUUGGUUUAAAGGAAUAUUCCACCUUAAAUCUUUGAAUGUUGACCUAAAAGGUUGGUUUCAGGAAGUAUUUCACCUACAAGGUCGUCACACAUUGACCUUAAAGGAACAUUCCACCAAAAAUCCCUGGACAUGCAUCUAAAAUGUUGGUUUAACCGAGUAUCCCAUCCAAAAUCCUCAAAGAGAUCUGAGGGUCUGGUUAAAAGGAAUAUUCCACCUAAAACCUCAACUAGGGCAGUAUGUGUAGCAGCGACAGCAGAAAGAGGUCCUCUCUGGGUGGAAGAACCACGUCCGAGUGGCAGCAAACUUUUGAACAGUAGUAUAGCUUCUCAAGUCAGAUUUCUUCAAGCAAUGAGGGACGUAUUUUUUCAUCGGUCAAACUUACCCACAACAGGUGAGACAGUUGCUGACAAAAACAUUUCUUUGAAUCCAUCCACAAAACACUCAUUUGUGACGGUAUGGGUGAUCCUCAACCUCCCUCCUCACCACUGUAUUUAAUUCACCUGUUUUUGCCUCUUCUUUUUUCCUUCUUCAUAUUGUUUUGUAUUGGUUCUUUAUUUUCUGGUUUCCUUCAUUUAGCCACUCUUAGUGUGCUUUACAUAAGGUUGCUUUCAUCUUAUUUUGAAUAAAUUACAAGAUCUUUUUAA